GCAUUCUGUUCCCUCCCACAAAGUCACAUAGUCCGAAAGCUGGUUCUUUCUGCAGCCAUUGCCGCCGUCCCCCUGCCAGUCCUUUCAAGAUGAUGACGCCUUGGCGUUAUGUCUUCCUCGUUCUGGGGAUCGUUAUCAGUCUGCAUUAUCUACUGAGCUUCACGCAUGAGGGCUAUGGCAACGCGACGUCUCUGUCGAAUCUCAAGGGACACAUCUAUGGUGGGAGCGAGCCGCCGUACAAGUCGGGCGUCCCAGAGGAGUACUACGUACCCGAUGAGCCCAAGUCGCCGGUCGGUCGCAAGGCCAACGCGGCGAUCGUCAUGCUUGCCCGCAACAGUGACUUGAACGGGAUCGUGACCAGCAUGAAGCAGAUGGAGGACCGCUUCAAUAAGAAGUUCAACUACCCCUACGUCUUCCUCAACGAGGCCGAGUUCUCCAGCGAGUUCAAGGAACGUGUUACCGGCUUGACUGACGCGGACGUCAAGUUUGGCUUGAUCCCACGAGAGCAUUGGUUCCAGCCCGAUUGGAUAGACGAAGAGAAGGCGAAGGCUGCACGAGAGGACAUGGUGAGGAACCAGGUUAUCUACGGAGGAAGCGUACCAUACCGCAACAUGUGUCGGUUCAACUCUGGCUUCUUCUACCGUCACGAACUGCUCCAGGACUACAAGUACUACUGGAGAGUCGAGCCUGACGUCAAGUUCUUCUGCGACCUUGACUACGAUCCUUUCCUCAUCAUGGAGGACCAGCAGAAGGUCUACGGCUUUACAAUAUCGCUAUACGAAUACGAGGCCACCAUCCCCACCCUCUGGCAAGCCGUCCGCGAGUUCAUCGAGGAGAACCCGGACCUUGUCCCCCCUGACAACGCCAUGGCCUUCCUCUCCGACGAUGGAGGCAAGACUUACAACCGCUGCCACUUCUGGUCCAACUUCGAGAUCGGCGACCUCGACCUCUGGCGGAGUGAGGCCUACAUGAAGUUCUUCGAGCACCUUGACAAGAAGGGCGGCUUCUACUACGAGCGCUGGGGUGACGCGCCCGUGCAUUCCAUCGGCGCGGCACUUUUUGCGAAGAAGGAGCAGAUUCAUUUCUUCAACGACAUCGGCUACAGGCACGAGCCCUUCCAGCACUGCCCGCAAGGCGAAGCCCACGCGAAGGGCAAAUGCUGGUGCGACAAGUCACAAAACUUCGACUACGAAUGGUACUCGUGCCUCAACCGGUACGACAAGCUGUUCCAGUGAGCUAUCAGCAGAUGAGUCGCAUUGACUGCCUCAGGACGGGCCAUAUCGACUCGCAUAGGGCGCACCGCACGGACGCUCAGUACUACCUACCACCUGCCUACCUACGUACCGGACGUGGAUAUGUACUCACACUCGCGCUACGCUGCGCGCGCCUUACCAUAAUGUAUACUUGCUUCGGCGUAACCUAUCCGCGCGUGGCUUCAGAGCAUGGGUUUAGGCAGAAAACUUGCUGCCACGAGCGAAGAGACGGAUGGGCGAGAG